AUGUCCGAGUCUGAUACAUGUCGAUAUAUGCGUGUCAAUCAGCAAUGCAUAUUUGUGACCAUUACAGUUGAAUUUGCAUUGUCUGGUAUGUAUGAUCGCCCACUCAUGCCAAACAAUAACCAAUGUGUGUAUAUCGAGUUUGUGUUGCAUGGACACAUCAAGGUGUUUGAUAACGAGUCCAACGUGAUGAUACAAACCCAAUAUUAUAUGAAUAUACAAGUUGAUGAAUCAAGUCAAGUGAUGGCACGGUUUGAAUGUCAACGAGUUAGACAGUCGACAAUAUGGGUGAUUGCGAUUUGGUCAAACCGCAAUACUCGUAUAUCACUAAACCAGUUUGAUGUACGUGGUGUAAGCAGUAUGCAUAAACUCGUUGAUAUCAUGGACUAUAACCAUUCAGGAACGGGAAAACUGGGUAGCAUAUUUCAACGGCUUGAAUUUUUAGGAGAUGCAGUGCUUUCUUACCUUGCAAUGCAACAUUUGUAUAAAAUUACACCACCGUUGAAUCCAGGUGGAUUAUCAAAACUUCGCGCUGAGCUUGUUUGCAAUCAAUUUCUGGCAUGUGUGUCGAUUCAAAUUGGGUUGGUAAAGUAUAUACGCCAUACAGAUAUGACUAUGGAAGCAGCAAUCGGGCGGUUUACUGCAUGGGUUCAAGGCUAUCUUGCAUCUGAAUCAUCUACUUCAUUACCAAUAUCGACGUCAGCUACUCAAAUUGCCUCUGCUCGAUUGUUUUGGAACAAGGGAAAUACAGCACCAAAAACUGCAGGUGAUGUUUACGAGUCCAUGCUAGGUGCUGUAUUUGUAGAUUCUCAAUUUGAUAUACACUGCGUGCAAAGCAUGUUUGACAUCACAGUGAUCUCACCUUGGUGGUGGCGAUUCACAUCGCUGUUUGGUGGAGAAUCAAUGAUAUACGAGAACCCAGUUGCUGAAUUGCGAACCUUGUCCUAUUCAUUGUUUAAAUGUGUCAAGAUAGAUUACACAUAUGAAUAUGGUCUACAUGGAGGUACUACCGCAACUAUCACGUAUCACAACAUGGUAUUGGCUCAAUGUCUCGGCACUGGGCAACGCGAUGCCAAAAAAGCAGCGGCAUGUACAGCCGUCGAGUAUGUCAAUAUGCAUAAAGACGAGCUAAAAGACUUGUGCGAUUGUGCACAUCAGCAAAAACAGGAGUCCACAGAGACAAAAGUAUAUGCAGCCGAUAGCAUCAUUUGUUUUGAUUCAGACAAGGACAAGCCGACACGGUCUAAUAAGGAAUCGGCUCGGCCUUCUAUCGAGUAUGCAACAACUACUGAUCAACAAGAUCCGGCGAGUGAUUGGGGUGAGUCUGUUGAUCAAGCAACACAUGCACCACUUGAAUCUAUUGCAAUUUCACCCGAUACUUUGUAA